UAUACAUACAGCGUAAGCAUUAAUUACUACUGCGAAAUAUUAUCUAAUUGUCGUUUACAUUGAAUUAUCAUAUCUAUUUAUGUAUUACACAAUCUUUAAGCAAUCAACUCAGCCGAUUCAAAUGAUAUCCAUCAACAAAAUACCAUCAUCAUUAUUAUUAUUAUUGUUAUUAUUAUCAAUUAUACGUCAGUAGAUAUCGUAUGCCGAGUUUCAGGUGUCAGUGUAAUAAUCCAGUCGACGGCAAUGUCCAAAGUUAUUAUAAAUUUUGUAAAUGUGAUUGGGAAUUGAGACUUGGUUACGGUUUAGCUCUAAGCCUCGCAGUAUUUGAAGCUAAAAGAUUUUUAGUAAUUAUUUUUGAACUUUUUACAAAAUGGCAAGUUAUAAAACUUGUUGGUGGCCUUCAACCCGUAAUCCUCAGCUUCAUUGACAUCCUACUUGGUUUCUCUUGUACCUUUGGACUCACCUCUAUAAUUCGCAAAUCAGGCAUAGAAACCUGUAACUCUUCAUCUAAAAUAUUACUAAAAGUUUUGCUGAUUUUAAUAAUUACAUGUGCUAUAUUAAACAUCAUGACACUUGUAUCUAUUGGUUUUAAUGUCAGUGUUAAAAAAAAAAGUAUUAAAAAAGUAUUUAAUACUUCAAUGCAUCUAUACAUUACUUCAGAUCCAACAGAAUCUGAUAAAUAUACUUUGGAUCUAAUUCAAUUUGAUCUUCAAUGUUGUGGUCAUUCGUCUUACACUGACUGGUUUCAUUUAAAUUGGCAGAUGACUAAAAGUAAUGCUAAAGAAAAAAGUGUACCUUUUAGUUGUUGUAAUCUUGAAGUAAUUAAACCUUGUAGUCAUACCUUAAUGACUGAAGAAAAUAUUAAAACAAUAAAUGUCAAAGGAUGUGCAAAGAUAAUUAGUAAUAUUUUAUUACGGAUUGUUUUUGUUGCUUAUGCUAUGGGCAUUAUGUUAGUCCUCACUCAGUCGUUUCUUGUUGUCUGUAUUUUUAAGAUAAUCACAAGGUCGUGUGUAAAUACGCCAAAGUUAAUGGAUCCCUCUAAUCAUUGUCUUCUUCCGAGUACAAAAGAUCGUCCUCGACGUAUGAAAAAAAAAAUUAAGAAAGUACAGGCAGCCUUGAAAAAUUCUAGAACAAAGUGGCAUGAAGUUAAGGUGAAAUAUUCCAGAGACUCUUCUUUAGAUUUAGAAUCAUCAUCAGGUUCUCGUGCAGCACGAAUAAAUCCGAGUGCUCAUGUAGAACAUCGCGUGCCAAACAAGCAAUCUUCUGUCAGGAAAGUUGGUUGAUAAUGUCCCAUAAUUUAGAGAUUUAAUUUAUUACAAGAAAAUUAAAUUUUCUUUUUCAAAUAUUUGUA